CCAACCUUGAUAGAAAAAGGGGCUGUGUCUCUUCUCUCUUUGUUUGUGUCUGUUGGAUCCAACAAUCCUGCAAUCGCAUACCCUAGGUAAACCUAUGAUACCCCUGAAAGCCCUUUUCUUCUCUCUAAUUUCUCGCCUUUCUUUGUAACUGCCCCGUAAUAACUUUCUACUGUCAACUAUUUCUGUAUCUCGCUAUCUAGCCUCUUUGUUAGUGUUGGAGCAAUGUCUAACAUGGGUUAUGAAUUAUAUGUCAAAAUUUCGAUCUGGUAACUGCCGAUGUGGUCUGGUAGCCUUGUUUCUCUCCAGAACCAGACGCUAUCAUCAUUCACUCCAAAUGUGGGGUCUAUGCACGCGUUAUAUCUCACAUUAUGAGAAAAGGUCCAGUCCUGCCCACUCUGUUAGAGUGAAUCAGCUGACGAUAAAGGUAACAGGCAUUACCUUACUGUGGGUGAGCACAUUGACCGUAUACAGUUACUUCAUCAGUCCCUUGCCACCCAGAUCUGACCCCCACACUACGGUACCAAUAAUGUACUUUCUAAGAAAAUUGUGGACAAGAUAUACGAUACAGGUUCUCUAGCAGUUUAUCUAAGCUCUAUGAUGUCUGACAGCUGGCCGGUAUCUCCGACUUGGAAUCUUUCAAGUGUUC